GCCGCUGACCUUGCCCCCCCCCUAUCAAUGGCGCAGUGGUCUUGUGUUGCUGGUCCACGCCUGGGAAGCUGGAGAGAUGGGCACUGGCGUGCUCAACGUGAUCUCCCUGCUGGUCUGGGUUCUCCUCGGACUGGCCUCUUCGUGGGUGCUGUUCCUCAUGUGGCGAGGCUUCCGGGCGGCCCAGGCCUCCGGCGUGCAGCCCCGCGCCAAGAGUACCGAGGGCACCUCCAUCGAGGACGACGAUGCCACGGACACGUUCAUCGAUGUGGAGGAGGAGGCGGCGCAGGCCAAGGCCAAGGAGUCGGAGGGCGUCGCGUCGUCGUCGGGCUUCUCGAGCUGGGGCACUCCCUACAUGCCCGCGGCCGCCUCCGCUGCCGGCCUCAAAUACGACCUGCCCACCAACUUCCUCGAGUAGAACCUCAUCAUCACCGCCAUCGACAUCAUCAUCGUCAUCUUCAGAAGCAACAACAACGCCACAAAGGUCGUUUUGUGAUCUGUUUACUUGGGUCGCUGUAG